GUCACCAUAGAGACGGGGUCAGUGUCGUCCUCUUGAUGGCUUGACAGGUGCGUGACAGUUCAGCUUCAAGCAUGUAUGCCAAAGGGAAAGGCUCCACUGUACCUUCCGACGCUCAAGCCAGAGAAAAAUUAGCACUAUAUGUAUAUGAAUAUUUAUUACACGUCGGAGCACAGAAAAGUGCACAGACAUUUUUAUCAGAAAUACGAUGGGAAAAGAACAUAACAUUAGGGGAACCGCCAGGUUUUUUACAUUCGUGGUGGUGUGUAUUUUGGGAUUUAUACUGUGCGGCGCCAGAACGAAGAGACACAUGUGAUCACUCUAGUGAAGCCAAAGCAUUUCAUGAUUAUCAUGUACAGACUCAAGGACAUGUAAACACAGUGGACAAUCUGGGUUUUGUAAAUUCAGGGUAUGCUGUAAAUGGAAUAGCACAUAAUGCACCAGCACCAAGUCCAUUAGGUCAAAUGCCUCCUCAGGAUGGCAUGCCGGGUGGCCCUAUGCCACCAGGUUUUUUUCCGCCACCUCCAGCGUCACAGCCGUCCCCCCAUCCUCCCUCGGCACCCCACAAUCAAAUGAUGCCACAGAAUCAACCAUUUAUGUCUCCACGCUACGGCAGUCCGCGAGGGCCUGUACGAAUGCCAAAUCAAGGCGAAUUUGAUCCACCAGGUAGCGUUGGUGGAGGUCAAAUGCCAAUACCCAACAGUAUGGACGUGCGGCCAGGUAGGUUCCACGACGUGCACUCACCGGGGCUUGCUGAUGGUAUGAUGGGUCAUCCUGGAAUGGGCGCAAUGCAGAGAAUGAGCCAUCCAGGAAGAAUGCCUGGACCGCCAAUGAAUCCAAAUUAUGGUAUGAGGGGUCCGCCACCUAACAGUAUGGGACCAGGGCCUGGAGGACCAGGUGGUAUGCCGCCUAUGUCAAUGCCGGGAGGACAAGGAAAUCGACCGUGGCCGCCAACAUCAUCAACAAUAAACUAUACCUCCGCCUCGCCAGGGAACUAUAAUGGUCCACCUCAGUCCGGGCCACCGGGUACGCCUAUUAUGUCAAGCCCCCAUGGCUCAACAGGUCCAUAUUCACCCGCCAGUCACAGAUUACCCACACCACGACGAGAUUCAAAUUCAGGAGACGGAAUGUAUGGAAUGAUGAAACCAAAUAUGGGACAUGGAAUGCCGGGGUUUGGGCCAAUGGGCCCUGAAGGGGGAAUGGGUCCAAUGGGACCAGGAGAUAUGCCACCAGUAAUGAAUGGAGACGGAAUGGAUGGAAUGAAGAGUUCACCAGCGAACGGCCCAGGGACACCUAGAGAUGAUAUGCCCCCAAACGGGGGGCCAGGAUCAGAAAUGGGUGGUUAUAAUCCUUAUCAAGACAACGUGCCCCAACCCCCUGUAAAUGAUCAAAACGAAUCGGCUGCUAUAUUGAAGAUCAAAGAAAGCAUGCAGGAGGAAGCAAAACGAUUUGAAAAAACAGAGGGCCCGCCAGAUCAUUCGGACUAUUUCAUGCAAUAAUCUCAUUUCAAAAGAUAAUCAUACAAAAAGAUAUUUGACUUGUGCAGUGCUAGCAUUAUCUCUCAUUCGGGAUUCUGGCGCAAUGCUGGGUAAACUGCCAUCUGGUGACUAAUAUAGUCACCGUGCAUGUGACUUUGUCUGUGGAUCAUGAAGUCGCUGCUGUGUGUGUUAUGGGACCACAGUGCUGCCACUGCUGCGCAGGACUGGCACUGUGCAUGAUAGGGUACUGCCAGCUUUUGAAAGAAGUUUGAACACGGCUUGGAGGUUCACCCUGGAGAUUAAUUUUGAAGAGACGUCUAUGACUUAUGGUGUGGACUUCAGGGACCGCCGUCUAUUAGUGUAGAUUUCAAUUCCUGCUGCACUGCAACAAGAUUUCUAUUCAUAUGUUGAUGAAUGGGAAGCCAUGCCAGCCUUGGAUCUGGUAAGUCUGGUGCUGUUAACUGUAAAAUUUUCACACUUGUUGAUUCUUUUGUAAAAAUUUCUCAAAAAAAAAAUAAAAAAUCAUGCUUUGUCUUUUGAUGGAUUGCGAAAUUUAUUUCGCUUUUUCAAAUCAAAAAAUGAUUUUUGCAAUUAAUAUUUUUGCGAAUUGCAAUUUUUUGUGAAAAGUACAAAAAUAAAAAACUUGUGGAAACAUUUAGCAGUUGACAGUAUCUACUAAAGAACUGUGCACACAGGUGACUGAGCCGAUGGCGAAUGUUGGAGUGACACCCUGACAGUUGCCAUUGAUUUAGUUGCUGGCCUGCACUGUACGUAAGCACGGUGAUAGUUGCAGCGCGGGCAUGUGGCGUCCCUUGGCAGGUCAGUUUAUGCUGAUGGUGUGAGUGGCGUUGUUCAAUGGAUGGAUCCUCAGGUUGUGUGUGAAGAGUCGAGCAACUUCGAUUUGAUUUGGCCAUCCUGUCUCAAUAUUUUGGCGUGAUGUUGUCUGAGUGACUUGUAAAAAUGUGUCCAGUUGUCAUCUGUUUUUGAACCGUGAAGAAGUUCUCUUCCUGUUGUCCCAUUUGCAUUGGGUUCCAAAGUUGCCAUGCAUUCUGAAAUUUUGUUUUGAAAUGCAUUAAAAAGAUCUGGAUCUGGAUGUCUUGAGCAAUUUGCUUGAAAUUUGGCUAACUCAUACCACUUGGUAGCUGACUUCAAAACUUCAUACAUGGCGUAUAUCACAGUUUGGAUCCGAAUUCUUCAGAUAUUGUGUUCCGUUGUGGCGAGCCUUCCAUUACUGAUUGUCUGUUUCUUGAGGAAUUCAAGUAUGAAUGAGUUUAAAGAUUCUAAUUACUUUAAAAGAGUCAGCGAUUGUUCAGAAAAUAUUCUCGCAAAUUCCAAGAUAAAUCAAAACCUUUUUAGUCUGAGGGUCCAUCACACAUUUGAUUAUCAUGAGCAUUUCCCAAUAAGAUGUGUACGGGACAUUUUGAUGUUUUGAAAAGUGCGAAAAUUUUAAAGUUGAACAAACAGCAGUUGAAUUGAGAUAAGGUCUUAGGAUUUUUUUGAUAUUUUUAGAAAAUCUUUUGUCUUGACUAGUGAGUACUUGACCUAUCCCACAACAGAUGAUUGAAAAAUAUUUUGUCCAGACUGAUUGACCAAUUCUGAACAAGGAGUGUACUUUGUAAUUCUGUUGGGUCUCAUGGUUUCAGGCAAUUUCCUUAUAAUUGUAGAAGUCUUCAUGACUUCCUUUUAACCAAUUUGGUAAAUGCUCCUGAUGUCAUGUUAAAACAUUUAUGUUUAUUUAUUUCAUUAAUUUAUGAAUUCAUUUGGUCACGGACUUGUCCAUUUUGACUAUCUUUGUGGUCGGUGCUGACCAGCAUCAGUCGCCGAGUUGAACUUACAGUUUUUUGCUCUAUGUAAGUCACAGGGAAAUGUGCAAACAAUAGAGGGCGCAAAGCUUAUCGAUGAAUAAAUGCUUCCAGUAGCUGUUUUUGGUACUUAUCUUUUAUCAAAUGGAAUGAUAAAACUCGAAUAUCCACAAAGAUAAUUUCUUCGAAUGUUUCUUGAUAAAGCAGGUACCAAAAUACAUCUACUGUCUGAACAUAGAUCUGAACUUUAUAUUUAUUUAGCAGCUUUGAAAAAUAUGGAGGUCUGGAGUCAAAUGUGAAAUUAGUUUUUUUUUCUUUUGUGGGAAAAUUGUACAGAAUUUUGCAGGGCUACAUAAUGAAUAUCAUUGCUGGUGUUUGACAGAGUUAUCACCAUAGGUGCCGGCAAUAAAGAGCGUGGGUUGCAAUCAUGCUGAACAGAGUGAAGUUGUUUUGCGGAAUACUUUGCUGAUGUGGGUCGAUGAAAACUAGAUUUUUAUGAAUAUUUUCUGCCAAAAAUCAUGCCGGUGUGCUGUUUGGCACAGUCUUAUCCGAGGGUGUUGUCAAUUUUACAUUGUUCUUGCCCAUUCAAGAUUUCUUCUGCUUCUUGGGUUAUGCUUGGCUACACUAUUGAGUAAAGUGCAGCACAGUAACCUCACCCAGUUCAGCAAUGCAUCCUGCGCCAAAUUUCUCUUGUAUAAUUUACUGUUUUUUGGGUUAGAUUAUUGGACCUGUUUGAAUAUAACUGGUAACUCUUCAGUCUCAUUCUUGUUCAAAUAAUGAUUUAUUUUCGAAUCUGGCAGAAGCGGCAACAUUUUGGUUGUCUGCUCAGUAGACGUUAUCUUCAUCCAUUUGUAAACAUACAUAGAUCUUAUCAUACUUUUGUGGUGUCAUUUAUCAGUUAGUGAGGUUAAAAUUUCAUCUGUAUUAAUAGAAACAUUUUGAUAUUGAUCACAAUUUAAAAUGAACAUACACUGGGCAACAUGUCCGACCUGAAGGAUCAAGUAUUUUAUAUCUACGCAUCCAGUAGUCUCGUCUAGUGAAGUGUAAAUUGCUAAAUACAUACCUGGUACUUUGAAAUAUUCGAAAUGCUUCUGUGUAAUUGCACCAUCUCUGCACAUUGAGUCUGACUUUCCUGAUUUGGAUUCAAUCCUCUGACUAUGCGGAGUUAGGCAAAGUUAGAUCUUAUUCUCUUAUUUUGCUGAGUUAGGCAAUUCUGCCUUGAAAGAAACGCAGGCCCUCACAUAGUUCUGAUCUCUAUUUCUUAUGAACUGUGACCUGCUUUUGUUGCCAAGUGAGAAUUUGCUACUGUGGCAAACAAACAUGACUUUUCUGUUAUCGGUGCCUGUGAACCAUUCAAAAUUAAAUGAAUACUUGGUGUUUCUCAAAUGAUUUUGGUCUUGGACAACAGGUCAGGUCGAUCCGAACAGUCUGGGAAUGUUUUGAAAUAACGUAUCGUACAAUGCAACCAAAAAUCCUAAUAUUAUAUGCUUUGGAUCGGAUGAGCUCUAUUUGGAACUCGGCACUUGCAAAGUUGAUGAAGAAGGGUGGCUAUCGUAUGUUGUUAAUCAAUGUUCAGACUGUUUGUACGACCUUCCCUAAACGUGACUUUGUGUGUUUGCUGGUGACUGUUCAAACAAUCCACUGGAGCAAAGUAUUGCAGCACACUUAUUGGGCAGCAGUCAUGUCUUGUAUAAAUUACGCAAAGUAGGACUAAACUGAAAAAUUUCAUAACCAGUUGGCAUGUGUUUGAAAUGUGCUAGCGAUACUGUGCUCCUUGGUGUGUAGUCCUCUUUGAAAUAUUGAUCAUUACACAUUCAUUAAAACUGUAAAUAACGUAUCAUUUCAUUGGUUUUCCAUUUCAACUGUUGUGUAUAGAAGGCGAUGUAGUCAGUAUGUGGGGAUUUUGCGAUGUUGACUGAUGUGUCUUAUAGCAUGGUGAAUGACAGGUCAUGGCAUCCAGAAAAGAACCUUUUUAUGAUGUUUUGGUAAUGACAGUUGUGUUCUGAAUAUUUUGAACCCCUUGUUCUUUUCAACCAGAUGUUCUGUUUUGUGUUUGCUUCAGUAAGUAUCAGAGGCCCUGAUCCUUCAUCAAUAAUUUUGAAAACUGAACUAGCUAUGUUUGCUCUGGAUUCAACUUGUGUGAAUGUUUUUAUGGAUUACAGAAGAACAUUUCUAUUCACCUGAUUUCAGUAAGAAAGUUGCCAUCUAUUUUGAUUGCAGAAAUAUUCACUUAAUUUGAGUAAAAAUAGUUGCUGUCUGUUUGAAUUGCAGAACGAAAUUUUCAUUCACCUAAUAAUUUCAACAGCAAGUUGCCAUCUUGCUUGGAUUUCACUGAAAACAUUUAUAUUUUGAUAGCAAAGUUGUCAAGUGUUUUAUGUCUGCUUUGCUUUCACUGGAAUACUUGUGUAUGGAGCUAGUGUUGUCCUCAUUGGCAUUCGGCUUGCAGAAUGAUAUUAAGCUGCUGCUUGCAUUUUACAGACCUGCAGAAUCUGGCAUUGAAAUUUACGCUGGAAAUCCUUCCACAGAAUUGGCGACAAAA